GCAAGACUUUGAAUACACUGCGGAGCUAAAACAAUUCGGAUAUUAAGUAUCUCCGUUGCUUGUUCGUUUCUCUCAUCUCAAUCGUUGCCGAGUGACUAUCAAACACGCGUUAUGUACACGACCUCGUCCAUCUUUCUGAAUACUUUAUCACAGUGCGGGAUAACGCAUGCUUUCGUGAACUGGGGAUCGGACCAUCCAGCAUUGCUUGAGGAGCUUGAACGCCAGCGAAUAGCAAGCGGGAAGACUGAUUUGCAGAUCAUAACGUGUCCGAAUGAGAUGGUAGCUUUGAGUGCUGCACAGGGAUUCGCUCAGGCAUCUGGUCGCCCUGCGGCAGUAUUCGUGCAUGUUGAUGUCGGAACUCAAGCGUUGGCAGGCGCGAUUCAUAAUGUUGACAGAUGUCGGGUGCCAGUACUAAUAUAUGCUGGGGCUUCUCCAUUCACUCUGGAAGGAGAACUCAAAGGUUCAAGGAACGAAUGGAUUAUGUUCUUGCAAGAUGUCCACGACCAAUCAGCAGUCGUGCGCCAAUACAUGCGCUGGACAUGUCAAAUCAAUAGUGGCAGGAACGUUAGCCAGGUCGUCCGCCGAGGGCUCCAAUUGGCUAUGAGUGAACCUAAGGGCCCAGUGUAUCUAUGGGCACGCCGAGAGGCAAUGGAGGAAGAAUUUUCUGAAAAUUUUGCGAAGACGGCCAUAGAUGUGAGAACAUGGUCACCAAUAGAGCCAAGUGCCUUGAGCCAAUCAGCCGCUAGGUCCAUCGCGCAGAGUCUAAUGAAUGCGGAGAAACCGCUGAUCAUCACUUCAUAUUUGGGCCGGAACCCGAAGGCGAUUGUGAAGCUCAUAGAACUCUCCGAACGCACCGCUAUUCCCGUCCUCGUAUCUUGUCCGUCUAUGGUGAACUUUCCGCACAGCCACCCGCACUUUGUUGAGCUGUCUUUCGGUAUGGGAGUUAGUGAUUGGCUGCGCAGCGCCGACGUGAUUUUGAUCAUUGACUCCGAUAUCCCGUACAUCCCCAUGCAUAACAAGCCGCGAUCGGACGCCAAAGUCUUUCACGUCGAUGUCGAUGUGCUAAAAGACAACAUGGGCAUGUUUCAUAUAGAUGCACAAAUGCGAUGCAAGGCAGAUGCACAGCUUGCGCUUGCGCAGAUCCUAGAGCAUAUACCGAGUGACAUGGCAUCAAACGACUCGCGGGUCUCGACCAGAGCCCAGGAACUCAAGUAUUUGUCUCUCGAGCGUCAAGCUAGCCUCGAUUCCGCCGAGUCCACGUUACCGGCUGACGGCUCGUUCACCGUCCCAAACCUCAUGCGCGCUCUCAGAAAUUCCAUUCCUGUUCCUGACCGGACUUUGAUUCUGAAUGAAGGCAUCAGCAACUAUCCAUUUGUCUGGAAUCAUUUGAGGCCAGAGCGUCCGGGUUCUAUGUUCACUUCUGGUUCUUCGUCACUUGGAUGGGGUCUAGGAGCGUCCAUUGGUGCAUCUUUAGCUCUAAAUGGAGGAUCAUCCAACGAUCUCGACCUUGUUGUACUGGUAGUCGGUGAUGGUUCGUUCUUGUUUGGCGUGCCAGCCUCUGCCUUCUGGAUUGCUAGAAGAUACAGUACGCCAUUCUUGACAAUAAUCUUAAACAAUGGAGGCUGGAGGUCUCCUAAACUUUCUAUGAUGGGUGUCUACCCACAAGGGCACGGUAGCAAAGUAUCUGGGAAUCAGCUGACGGUUGGUUUUGGCCCAGAAACACCAGAUUACUCUCAGAUCGCGGUGGCAGCUGGUGGUGCUUGGGGGAAGCGUAUCACACAGGCGUCAGAAAUGGAGACAGCGAUGGCUGAGGCUGUCAACGUAGUCCGAACCGAAAAACGUUGUGCAGUCCUUGAUUGUGUGAUUGAGUCAAUUUGA